GCUUUACUCUAUUCCUUUAUGAUGUGAUAACUUUUGCAGUCUUAAAAGAAGAUGAUAAAGUUUUCAAAAUGGCUUUAAGCAACAUCAAUGAGGAAUUACCCAAAAAAAAGAAAAAGAAAAAGCUUACCUUUAAUAAAAAUUGAUUAAAUAUUGCUACUCCGAAACAGUCUCCUGGCUCAAGCUCAGAUAAUUUCUUUCAACUAGUUUCAUCAACAAAGACUUCAGCUUUUUAAAAGAAAUUUUGAAGGAAAUAAGAGCGUAAAGAAUACCAAAAUCAAAUUCAAAAAUGUCAGGUUGACCAAAAUGGAUUAUGAUGCCUUUAAUUAUACCAAAAAGAACAACGAUAGAACUACUUCUCAGUUUAACUUUCACGAUGAGGUUAGAAAGCUCAAUGCAAAUACUAAGUUAAAUCAUUCCCUUAUUCCUAAGGCUAAAUCAAGACUAGGAGCCAGGAAAACAACUUUGCUUUUAGGUGUGAAUAACGGAAAAGAUUUUAUUCGAUACUACCCUGCUCAGGAUAAUUCUGAUUACUUACACCUGCGUAAUAGCCUGAGACCUAAAUUAACUUUCUCAUCUUUGGCUCCUAUGAAUCCUAGCAUCAGUUAUUCUCAGACUCCAACAGAGUUUGGGAAGAAAGGCAUUAAGGAGUCAAAUAAAGUUAGUCGGACUCCGAACACAAGUUCAGCAAUGCUCAAAAUUAAAUCUCAGAUAAAGAUGCGAGAUGCAAAAAUAGAAGAGGUCAAAAGAAAAUGAAUAAUCGAGCAAGUUAAAACCAAACUUUCGGUCAAAAAUAUGAAAAUAAAGAGCUCACCUAACAGAUCUCUAAACACAAAGAAGAAGUUAAGAAUUAAUAGUGAAAGAGGUAAAACUCAGUACUAAAAUAUUAGAAAAUAAGCACAUA